AUGAUAUUCUCAUUCGCUCCAAUCAUAGGACUCCUUUCUUUGAUUAGUCCGGUGAUAGCCACAACUGAUCCUCUGAACUACCGAAACAUCCCCGGCUAUGUCGCCUCCAGCUCCUCGAAUGUGACGACUCUUCUGGAUUUCAUCAAAUCUCGGUCGGACUUGAGCAUCCUGUCUGAGAAAAUCGAUGAACUUGGCGGAUUUACACAAGCGUUUAACACCGAUCCGAAUUGGAAAUUUACGUUCUUUGCACCGAACAACGAUGCCUUUGAAUUAUAUACCGGGGCAUACUUUGAUAGUUUCGAGCCGACUCCGAAAGGGAAAUGGUGGCUGGGAAACACCAUCAUACACCACUAUGUGCCUAACUCUGAGCUCACAUCGAGUAGUUUCAAUGAGACUUUGCAGCGUUUUCAGACUGCCACCUACCUCUUCGUGGGAUCGCAAGUGCAGGAUGGUGCGAUUGUUCUUAAUCAAGUGGUAAAUGUGGUGGAAUCAGAUAUCCCGGUUACUAGUGGCGUGGUGCACAUCAUCGAUCGGGUUCUAGACCCAUCAGCACAGAUCUUCGAACCCGACCUUCCACGGCUGUCACAAACAUUCAUUGCAGGGAGUUGCUCGAAUCCUGAGCUCUCAUAUUGUUGA